AUGCCCGGCGUCGUCUGCCGCCGCGUCACGCGGCCGAUCGGCGCCGUCGGCGUGUACGUGCCCGGCGGCACCGCCGUGCUGCCCAGCAGCGCGCUCAUGCUGGCCGUCCCCGCGCAGAUCGCCGGCUGCCGCACGGUCGUGCUCGCGACGCCGCCGCGGCCGGACGGAAGCGUGACGCCCGAGGUGCUCUACUGCGCGAAGAAGGCGGGCGUGACGCACGUGCUCAAGGCGGGCGGCGCGCAGGCGGUGGCGGCGAUGGGGUGGGGAACUCAGAGCUGCCCCAAGGUGGAUAAGAUCUUCGGCCCCGGGAACCAGUACGUGACGGCCGCGAAGAUGCUGCUGACCAACAGCGAGGCGAUGGUGUCGAUCGACAUGCCAGCGGGGCCGAGCGAGGUGCUUGUGGUGGCGGACGCGGGCGCGCCGCCGGCGCACGUGGCGGCAGACCUCCUGUCUCAG